CUCAGAUUUUGUACUCGGGACCCGGCCGGUCUGUUUGCGGAAACGAAAAAUCAAAGGUUAUGCCAAUAGAUAUGCACAAGGCAUGCUGUUGAAAUAUUUUUGGCCGUUUUGUGUUUUUGUUAGACGAGGAUGAUAGUUCUAAAGGAGGCUAUUUGCUACAGACUUUCCUCACUGCGUUGCUGGAGUUUACCCUUGGGAUGGAAUCAACCUUUGUAAUUGGUCGUCUCUUAUGGGAGGGUACAAUGUAGAUUGUAUUGGUAGUGGACAGGUCUCAAAUAUUUGAACAAUCUACGAACAAACAUAACAUGUACACACACCGCGAAAACAUCAAUACUGCUCACUGUAAAAUUUCAAAUUAUGUGACGCAAAAAAGAAGUGAUAUAACCGUGACAGGUCAUUUGUUUGUUUGUAUUUUUUGCCGUCGAUGUAAGAACAGCGUCACAAUUUACAAUUGUUGGGGACCAAAUGUCAUAGGUCAAAGUUGACGACAGGAACACUUUCGACGUAUAGCUGGAACCGUUCAAUGGAAUUUGGACCGUCCCUCCCCUACACCUGACUGUGUACAGUUAAAGUUAACAUGGCAAAUAAACUCUUGGUCCCGCUCGUUGCAGUGGCCGCCGUUUUCGCCCAUUUUGUUUUCCGCCCCAGACUUCAAUUCGGGGACCAGAGGAGGGCGGUAUACAAUCACGUGCCGGGCACGUGCCGCGCGGUGGAGGGGGUCGUGCAUGGGUCGGAGGACAUCGUCCGGACCCGGGACGGGCUCGCUUUCAUAUCCACGGGGGUACGGCCCGCCCCCGUCCUCACACCUGACCCCUGGUACCUCCAAGGGGUGGGGAAGAUCCUUCUGUUCGACUUAAAGAACCCUGGAGACGCUGUGAGAGAAUUGAAGAUUGAGCCAGAAGGAAAGUCUGAGGGGCUAGAGCCACACGGGCUGAGUCUGUACGAGAAUCAGGAGAGCGGAGAGAUCAGACUGUUUGUCGUCAACCAUCACAAGGACGGUGACCGGAUAGAGAUAUUCCGGUACAUCCGGCAGAGCGCCAUCUUGCGGCUGAUCAGGUCCGUGCAGCACCCACUGUUGUACAACGUCAAUGACGUUGUUGCCAUGGGAACAGACUCGUUCUACGCUACAAACGAUAUGUACAGCGUCAGGCCCUGGCUCAAACGACUGGAGAGGUUCCUAUCGCCGUGCUGGUCGAACGUGGUCUACUACAACGGCUCCGAUGCCUUCGCCGCCGCAGAUGGAUUCGCCUUUGCAAAUGGUAUCAACGCGCCCCCUAGCGGAAACCUUGUGUACGUCUGCGACACAGGGAGGCAGGCCGUCCAGGUGUUCCAGCGUCUUGUGGAUAACAGGCUUCAGAUGGAGCGUGAGAUCCACCUGGCCACGAGCGUAGACAACGUCGACGUCUGUCCGGACACAGGUGCUCCAGUUUAAAACCCCGCCAUGUGUCGUCUGGUGGCUGUAUAUUCUAACUUUUAAUUCCAUUUGCAGAUUCAAACAAACCUCUCUAUGAAAUUGCCGCACUGCUUUACUGCGACGAAGAUUACUCUUUACGACAAAGUUAACAUAAAAUGUAACCCAGACUCAUCGAGUUUUCGCUGUUAAGCCUUCCCCAGGAUAAGGUAGCAGAACAUGGUAUUUAUGCGCGACACCCGGGUCUAUGACGCGGGUACAUAAAUGGUUAACUUGUUGAAGGAGAGGUAGAAAGCCUUAUUUGAGAGGCAGUGAAGUAUAACAUGUUUAGCGUGGUCAAGGAAGGUGUCGGCUUUGAGACUGUAUGAUUCGGAUUUUCAAAGUUUUCUAUUUCAUGUAUAAAUUUUCCCUAUUACGCAACUCCCUUUCUGGUGUACAUGUGAGCCGGCAGUUAUGGACCUCAGCUGAGCGGCGUUUCAAAGUGGGUGUGAGAUCGUGUUACGCAGUAAGGAUUUUUGUGGCUUGUACCCUAAACUCAAACAAUCCGUUUUCGGUAUUCCUAAAGUGCACCCUGCUAAUUUUUUUCCGCUUCGAAGUCAGUUACCUUGUGGCCCUUAAACCAACUAUAGACAUCCCCAUAGGCCGAAAACUGUGUUCUCCUAUCAUACGUUAAGUCAUUCCCCAGGACAAGUGACGUUGAUGACACGUGAAUCCAGUUGUAGGUCAAUGUAGGUGCUGCAUGACUGGGCACUACCGGGUCAGGUCCAGAUUCCCGGGCACCUGUGACCCAUCACUGGAGUGACCUGACAAGAGUGAUGGUAUAAUUCCAGAUAAUUAUGUUUAUAAUUAUUCGUGGUAUCGUUGUGCAUUGACCUCAUGUGACCUG